CUCCCCCCCCUCGCCGGCAGCAGCGUCCACCGAGCUGUUGUGAACUGUAAUUGCCGGCCCGGCCGUAACCGGACCCAUCGCCGCUGCCGCGCCCAGCAUUCAUUCUCCCCUCCCCCCUGCCUGCCGUCGCCUCACCUACCAGCUACCACCACCAACCAGCCACCGGCCGGCGGCAGGAUGGACUCGGCGUCGUCGGGCGCGAUGGAGCUGGUGGCGGCGCUGCUGCGCGGGCGCGUCCCGCCGGAGCUGGGCGGGGACGGCGCCGAGGGCCGCGCGCUCGUCGCGACGCUCGCGGCCGCCGUGCUCGGCGCCGCGCUGCUCGUGCUCUGGAGGCGGGCCGCCGCCGGGAAGAAGCGGAAGCGGGAGGUGGCCGCCGCGGCGGAGGCCGCGCACGCCAAGGCCAGGGGCGCCAAGGCCGCCGACGAGGAGGAGGCGGCCGCGGCCGACGACGGGAGCGGCGGCAGGAAGAAGGUCACCGUCUUCUUCGGCACGCAGACCGGCACCGCCGAGGGGUUCGCCAAGGCGCUUGCUGAGGAGGCAAAGGCAAGAUAUGACAAGGCAGUCUUUAAAGUUGUGGACUUGGAUGAUUAUGCGGCAGAGGAUGAGGAAUUUGAGGAGAAGUUGAAGAAGGAGAAGCAAGCGUUGUUCUUCGUGGCAACGUACGGAGAUGGUGAGCCAACUGACAACGCCGCUAGGUUCUACAAAUGGUUCACUGAGGGAAAUGAGAGGGGAGUCUGGUUGAGUGAUCUUGAGUAUGCUGUGUUUGGUCUGGGAAAUCGACAGUACGAGCAUUUCAACAAGAUAGCCAAGGUAGUUGACGACCUCCUAAGUGAACAAGGUGGAAAACGCCUUGUUCCGGUUGGUCUCGGAGAUGAUGAUCAAUGCAUUGAGGAUGACUUCAAUGCAUGGAAAGAAGCUCUCUGGCCAGAGAUGGAUCGUUUACUUCGUGAUGAAAAUGAUGUCUCCCCAGGCACUACUUACACAGCUGCCAUUCCUGAAUACCGGGUUGAAUUCAUCAAGCCUGAGGAGGCAGCUCAUUUGGAGAGAAACUUCAGCCUUGCAAAUGGUCAUGCUGUCCAUGAUGCCCAGCAUCCUUGCCGGGCUAAUGUGGCUGUGCGACGGGAGCUCCACACUCCUGCUUCUGAUCGUUCAUGCACUCACUUGGAAUUUGACAUUGCUGGAUCUGGUCUUAUGUAUGAAACUGGUGACCAUGUUGGUGUAUACACCGAGAACUGCCCUGAAGUUGUAGAGGAGGCAGAAAGGUUGUUAGGCUACUCGCCAGAGACAUUUUUCACCAUCCAUGCAGACAAAGAGGAUCCUUUCCCCUCCCCGAUCACCGUGAGGAAUGCUCUUGCCCGAUAUGCUGAUCUUCUGAACUCACCAAAGAAGAGUUCUCUGGUUGCAUUAGCUACCUAUGCUUCAGAUCCUGCUGAGGCUGACCGUUUGAAGUUCUUGGCCUCCCCUGCUGGGAAGGAUGAGUACGCUCAAUGGGUUGUGGCAAGUCAGAGGAGCCUGUUGGAAGUCAUGGCCGAGUUCCCUUCGGCAAAGCCUCCACUAGGAGUCUUCUUUGCAGCUGUGGCCCCUCGUCUUCAACCAAGAUACUAUUCUAUUUCAUCUUCACCUAGUAUGGCACCAACUAGGAUUCAUGUCACAUGUGCGCUUGUGAAUGAAACAACACCCACUGGAAGGGUACAUAAGGGGGUAUGCUCAACGUGGAUCAAGAAUGCUGUUUCAUCAGAAGAGAGCAAGGACUGCAGCUGGGCUCCGAUAUUUGUGAGGCAAUCAAACUUCAAACUGCCAGCUGAUCCUUCAGUGCCAAUUAUCAUGAUUGGCCCUGGGACCGGUCUAGCACCCUUCCGUGGCUUCUUGCAGGAGAGGCUAGCUCAAAAAGAAUCUGGAGCCGAGCUUGGUCGAUCCGUGUUCUUCUUCGGAUGCAGAAAUAGCAAGAUGGACUUCAUCUAUGAGGAUGAGCUGAACAAUUUCCUUGAACAAGGAGCAAUGUCUGAGCUGGUUCUUGCCUUCUCGCGUCAGGGCCCUACCAAGGAAUAUGUGCAACACAAAAUGGCGCAGAAAGCAUCUGAAAUCUGGGACAUGAUCUCCCAAGGUGCUUAUAUCUAUGUCUGCGGUGAUGCCAAAGGCAUGGCCAGAGAUGUACAUAAAGUUCUCCACACCAUCAUUCAGGAGCAGGGUUCGCUUGACAGUUCUAAAGCGGAGAGCUUUGUGAAGAAUCUCCAGACGGAGGGCAGAUAUCUGAGGGAUGUGUGGUAAGCGCUGGACAUGGAAACUUCCCCAUAUUCAUUGGGGGACAACAUUCAUUCAUGUUUUACAAAUGUACAAUUAUUGCCGGAAGAGUACUGACAAUGGACUAAGAUCAGAUGUUUCUAGUGGCUCUGCAUUUUUUUCUUUUUCUUUCUUAUUUCUUUUGUUUUUGAGAUAUUCUCAAGAGGUUUUUGCACCUGUGUAGUACAAAUUCUUUAUAUGUAUAAGAUGAGGACAAUUUUGACAAUAAGCCUCUGUUACACUGUUUA